AGACUAGUUGAACAAAACAAAAUAGCAAAAUAAUUCAGGAUGCCGCUAAAAUUCGAUGAUAUUCACGAGAAAAUUGAAACCGGCGUCUACAAAUUGGCUGUUAAUGACAAAAGCACGCGGAGCACUGUAUGGCGAGUGUAUCGGAAGAUCAAGAAGGACGAUGGCAGCUUUCUGGAGCACGUACUGUUCUGCAUCGGCUGCAAGAGCAUUAUGUCCUUCACCCACAAAUCGACAACGAACUUGAGGCGUCACCGGUGUCACCUGCAGUACCUCAAGAAACAGACAUUCUACUGCUAUAAUUCUAAAGGCGAAUCCGACGAUAGAAAGGAGGAGCCGGAUCAGGAGCAACAUGAAGAACAGGAUGACCAGCAAUCCAUGUCGGAUGAGUUGGAAACAAAACCCUCUCCCGCCGAUGUUGCCGCUUUUGUGGCGGAGGUGGUCAGCGGUGGAGAUACCACCGCAGCUUCUGCUUCAGUCCGUAUUCCGGACAUUCCCGAGAUCGCGCUACCACUCGAUGCAAGCGGGGUCGAGGAGUCCAAUGUUUAUGCGCAGACUUGGUCCCUCGAAUACCGUAAGCUUAGCGAGGAUCAGAAAUUCUACGCCAAAAAAGCUAUAGACGAAAUCCUCGUCCUGGGCAGGCUACGACGCCUCACACUGAACACGGUUCCGACGGCGGAGUAGAAUAGUUAAUCAGCAUUAAGUAGGACUUCAACUAAGCUAAUAUACCUACCCUGUAAAUAUUGUAUUUAGUCUUUAAGGUUGUAUCACAAAGUCUGGGAUAUAACGCAAUAAAUUAUUUGAUAAUUUGA